GCUUUGAUUUCGGGCACCUCCGACAGAUAAUUGGGAAGGGUUUCCAGAAGGUGGGAAAUGUCACCUGAUUCACACUGAACUUUUAAAAGCUCCCCACCCCCAAAGAGCCGGCACACCCUCGGUCGCGGCCGCCUUCCCACAGCCCCACACACUGGGAGACCGCCCACCGCAAACCUCGGAGACCCCCGUCUAGAUUUAAAGCGCGGCUGCGCCCGGCUUCUGACGUCCAUUGAAUCGCGCGGGCGGCCGGUGGCGAGCGCGGGGCUGCGCCGGGAUCGCUGCGCCCUCCGCCGCUCGCCUCUGCGACGCGCGCCGCUCGCUCGAGCCACCCGCCGCCGCACUCCUCGCCCCGCGCCUGCCCCAGGAUGGUCUGCGCCAGGCACCAGCCCGGCGGGCUUUGCCUCCUGCUGCUGCUACUCUGCCAGUUCAUGGAGGACCGCAGCGCCCAGGCUGGGAAUUGCUGGCUCCGCCAAGCAAAGAACGGCCGCUGCCAGGUCCUGUAUAAGACAGAACUGAGCAAGGAGGAGUGUUGCAGCACCGGCCGGCUGAGCACCUCGUGGACCGAGGAGGAUGUGAACGACAAUACUCUCUUCAAGUGGAUGAUUUUCAACGGGGGCGCCCCCAACUGCAUCCCUUGUAAAGAAACGUGUGAGAACGUGGACUGCGGACCUGGGAAAAAGUGUCGAAUGAACAAGAAGAAUAAACCCCGCUGUGUCUGUGCCCCGGACUGUUCCAACAUCACCUGGAAGGGUCCAGUGUGUGGGCUGGAUGGGAAAACCUACCGCAACGAAUGUGCACUCCUCAAGGCCAGAUGUAAAGAGCAGCCGGAACUGGAAGUGCAGUACCAGGGCAAAUGUAAAAAGACUUGUAGGGAUGUUUUCUGUCCAGGCAGCUCCACUUGUGUGGUGGAUCAGACCAAUAACGCCUACUGUGUGACCUGUAAUCGGAUUUGCCCAGAACCCUCGUCUUCUGAACAGUACCUUUGUGGGAAUGAUGGAGUGACUUACUCCAGCGCCUGCCACCUGAGAAAGGCCACCUGCUUGCUGGGCAGAUCCAUUGGAUUAGCCUAUGAGGGAAAGUGUAUCAAAGCAAAGUCCUGUGAAGAUAUCCAGUGUGGCAGCGGGAAAAAAUGCCUAUGGGAUUCCAAGGUUGGCAGAGGUCGCUGCUCUCUCUGCGAUGAGCUGUGUCCUGACAGUAAGUCAGAUGAGCCGGUCUGUGCCAGUGACAAUGCCACGUACGCCAGCGAGUGCGCCAUGAAGGAAGCCGCCUGCUCCUCUGGUGUGCUCCUCGAAGUGAAGCACUCUGGACCUUGCAACUGAAUCUGCCUGUAAAACCUGAGCCAUUGAUUCUUCAGAACUUUCUGCAAUUUUGACUUCAUAGAUUGUGGUGGUUUGUUGUUUUUUCUUAAAAGUAAACUUAUUGCGUAACUGCAGAGGCCCAAACCAAACAAAACAAAAACAAACAAACAAACAAAAGCAUCACACGGCAAGUCAUGUAAAAAUGCAACGCUGUAAUGUGGCUGUAUCAGAGGGCUUUGAAAACGUACACUGAGCUGCUUCUGCGCUGUUGUGAUCGAUCCGUAUUUAAACAACAGCUCCCCCUGUAUUCCCCAUCUAGCCAUCUCGGAAGAAACGGAGGAAGAGGAGGAGGAGGAAGACCAGGACUACAGCUUUCCUAUCUCUUCCA